CAAUCUAUUAAAAUCUCAAUUGGAUACGCCGCCUUAUCCUUUGCAAAGCUUAAAAUUACACACACAAAUCCACUCAUCUACUGCUCAAUGGCGUCUUCUUCACCAUCGCAGCCGGAUCUUCAGCUCCAACUUCAACCGGAGACCGAGUCUCAGAUGUCAUCUAUCGUCUACGAGAUUUCACAAGAAGUCCAGGGCGCAAUGGAGAACAUGUUGAAGAUGAUGAGCGAAAUUGAUGAGAACUCUGCCGGAAUAACCGAAGAGAUAGAGAAGUGCAAAGAGCAGAGUCUUGAGAAGAAGAGAGGCUUGGAGGAAGCCAAAGAACAAGUUGAGAAAGCUGCUUAUGCCGUUCUAGAGAUGCUCAAUAACAGAGCAUAGCAUGUAGGUGCUGUUAUUGGAAGCUUAACAGACAUAACUCAAUUUGUGUAUAGAGAGACACAUUAGGAGCUGUUAGCAGUCUCAGAUACUACUUAAGUGAAUUUAGUUCAAAAUACAUGCUUAAGUCAUCUGACUAUCGGUUUUUUCUUAAUUUGAUUCUUGGUUUUGACAUCCUACAAUGCCAAGAGGUGCCCCUUGUUCAUAGCUAGCCACUCUAUCGCUGCGUUAUAACAUAGCCCUUAUUUUGUUUUGCUACAUUACAAUAAGUUCUUAAACUCUUCGGUCUUUUGUGUUUACCUGGAGAUUACUUCUUCAUGUUGAGAAAUUACAGUUAAAAUACCACGUAGGAACAUA